AAAAAAUUACCCAAUCAGAAUAAACAUGCUGAUGGAUCAGCUAAUCACAACAUAUUAACAGUAUACUCACAGCAACUCCCGAAAACACCUAAUGUAUAAUCGCGCAUAGACAAAAAAACUGCUCCCACUGCUAUAUAGAUUGUAGAUCUGUUUAUAUGAAUGUUAAUAUUUAUUUAAAGUUUUUGUGAUGGCUAAUAAAAGUAAUGUCAAUGUCCUUUUACCAAACGGACAUCGACAAACCAUAAAGGUUUCACCAAAUACUACAAUUUUGCAGGUACUCGAUGAAGUUUGCCAAAAGCAUGGAUAUCAGGCAGAGAAUUAUGAUAUUAAGCAUUUUAAUAAGGUACUUGACGUUAAUACAAGUUUACGAUUCACUAACUUACCAAACAACGCACAAUUGGAAAUGGUACAAUGUAUAAAAAAGAGAGAGUUGUUAAAUAUUACAAUUGGUCUUCAAUUAGAAGAUGGACAACGCCUAAUGGGAGAUUUCCAACCUAAUACAUUCUUGAAUGAUAUUCUUCUUAGUCUAGCUCCCUCUGAGUCUACUGAGACUGCUGUUGUAGUAUUUAUGCAUCAAGAGAUAUCGGGGAAAGAUUUAGAAAAUACAACAUUAAGAUCUUUAGGACUUACUAAAGGUAAGGCUAUGUUGAGGCUUUUACAUCGAGAUCCAAACAGCAAAAAGGAACAAGCUCACGUUUACAUUCCUGCAAAGAAGAUGACUACAAAAGAAAAUGAUAACCCGUCAACAUCGUCAUCUUUUACAAAAUUUAUUUCGAAUAAAAUUCUAGAUCCAAUUAAUUCUAUAAAAAGUGAAAUAGCAAAGCAAAAAAAGGAUAAUGAUCUGCGAAAAGAUCAGGCCAAGGACACAUCUUCCUCUCAAAGCAAAUGUAAUCCAAAGACAAAAAAUAAGUGCGAAAAGAUUAAUCCGACCGAAACUAAAGAGAUUUCCAAUGAAAUUCGUAAUAAGUUAACGCAUGAAAUAAUAGAUGUUGCAUACCUGGGAGAAAGAAAUGCUCUUUUAUUUAAUCAAGCUGGAGCUGUAACUAUUUCUCAGGAGGAUUUGCCUGAUUCAUUUUUUGACUUAACAGUUGAGGAUGCGAAAGUGUUAUUAAGAGAUGCAAAAAAAUUAAAUAGUACAAUUGAAGAUUCUCCACUAUUAACUGAUGUGCAACGUCAAUCGGAGAGUAAUAAAAAGAAAGUUGACCUUGUGAAUAAGUACCCCUGGACUAUUAUAAGAAUACAAUUUCCUGAUCAACUUGUGCUGCAAGGAUUAUUUCGUCCUGAGGAAACUGUGCUAGACAUUAAAAAUUUUGUUCAAAGUUACUUAAAAAAUUCUGGAAGUGAAUUUACACUUUAUACAACACCUCCUAAAAACAACUUAAAUCCAAAUUGCCGACUAGUUGAUGAAAAUCUUGUACCUUCUGCAAUUAUUUACUAUUCUGGACACAGUUCUCUUAAAUCGGAGUUAAGAAGCAAGUUAACCGAUCCAGUGGUCGCUACUAUAGAAGCUAUGAAAGCAAGAAAAAGAGAAACUCAAGGAAUAUCAGAAAAUAAGGCCAAUUUGGAAGAAGCAAAUGUAUCGAGUGUUGUAAGUGGUAGUACCACCAGUGAUAAGUAUGUAACAAAACCAAUACCAGGAACAAGUAAAGUGGACGAAUUACCUCAACAGAAAAUGCCCACACCAAUUUGGUUUAAAGGAUUAUUUAAAUAAACUUUUUCUGAAAUAAUUAUGUAUAACUGUGCUAUUUGAAAAUUUAUUAUAUUAAAAUUUAUUCAUUACUAUUA